GGCAUUCGCAGAAUUUUGCGUUAGCUACACGGCUUUGUUUUUUCCAAGGAUGAAAAUUGUAAAUUGCAACAAUCGCAGAACAAGCUAUGAGUGACAGAGCAUGAGUGAAAGGUAGUAUCACAUUCAAGAAAAGCAAAAAAUCAACUCUAUUGAAUUUAUUUUUCAUUUUCACCUGGUGAACAUUGAAAACAAAGUGAAACAAAGUUUCGACAAUUGUCUCCUCGACUACCUAACUCACGCAUUUUUCUUCAAAGUGUUUUAAAAAAACAAGAUCGCAAUAAUGUUGUAUAAACGAUACAAGUGCUCCUGAGAUGUAAACUCAAGUGUUUUUAAUGUUGGAGUGAGGUUUAGUGGUGCCUGGUGUUACUUUACUCGUGUAGCCGAUGUCAGUGUCGUUUGACUGUGAUUUUCCUAUAUAUAUUGAAAUGAAAUAAACUUUUGUUGUAUAUGUAUAUAUUAUUUUUUUCGUGCCGUGUUUACUUGUUUUUUUCUUCUAGUGUCAAAUUGAGACUGUGUGAAUAUUUAGAUUGACGCCGCAAAAAAAAAGAAAAAAAAACAACAAAUGGCUAAAGUAUUUCACUAGAUGCUGGAGCAUAAAGGGAUUGAAUGUUUUGGGGUUCGACGUAAGGGUAAGGUCAGAAAUUUGAAGGAAGAGGACGUCAACAAUUGCCGCCACGGCUUUCACAGAGAUGGUUGGACUCGCGGGCGGGGGUAGUCACCUUUACCCCUCGCCCCCGAUGCAAUCAAAUCCCGAAAUAAGAGAAAUGACGGGAAUGGCACCAAGUGCACCAACGAGUGCGGAUGCAUGUCUGAGUAUUGUGCAUUCGCUCAUGUGCCAUCGUCAAGGAGGCGAGAGUGAAACAUUUAGCAAGAGAGCUAUCGAGUCACUGGUGAAAAAAUUAAAGGAGAAAAGAGAAGAACUCGAUAGUUUGAUAACAGCAAUAACAACAAAUGGAGCACAUCCAAGUAAGUGCGUUACAAUUCAGAGAACACUUGACGGAAGAUUACAGGUGGCUGGACGUAAAGGAUUUCCCCAUGUGAUUUAUGCGAGAAUUUGGCGAUGGCCCGAUCUCCAUAAAAAUGAACUGAAACACGUGAAAUACUGCCAAUUUGCUUUUGAUCUCAAAUGUGAUUCUGUUUGUGUGAAUCCCUAUCAUUAUGAAAGAGUCGUCUCACCAGGGAUAGACCCGUUCUUUACAGACCUGUCAGGAUUGACACUUCAAUCGGGCGUUGGAGUUGGACCUGCGGGACGUUUGGUGAAGGACGAGUAUACGGUAGGUGGAGGAACGGCAGCCGCCGUGACCGGUGUUGGUGCCAGUUCAGGAAUGGAAGUUGAUGGGGAAAUGAAUCAAACAAUUCAACAUCAUCCACCAACACAACCACCUGCGGCAAAUAAUCCACAACAACCACAACAACCAUUUAUGCCCGGUCAUUCAACUCAAAAUCCAGCCAAUGGGGAGGGAAUGUUUAGUGGAGGCGGGGGAGUUAAUGGUAAUAAUCCACACAACAAAUUGGAAGAGAAUAAUUGCCCCCGACAGACAUGGAUUCCCACGCCUCAUCAUUCUUCGACGCGAAACAUACACCAUUCUGUAGUACAUACGAUGGGACAUCCGGUUGCUAAUCAACAGCAGCCGAUAAAUACUCCGAGUGCUAAUACCAGUGGACAAAUUUUGAAUUCCAAUCCGGGACAGACUGCUGAACCUUUCUAUGGAACUACGACACCACCUCAGGAUCUUAAUCAACCUCAACCUGCUGUUGAUCCAUUGGCAGCAACUUUAAGUGGAAGCCAAGGUUCUCCAGUGUCACCGGUGCAUUUACAUCAUCAAAAUGGUUUUGCCGUGGCCGCAGUGACGAAUCCUUAUAAUACCGGUGCACCACAAUGGACUGGUGCAAAUACUUUAACUUACACGCAAAGUAUGCAACCUCCCGAUCAUCGACACCUGCACACCACAUCAUAUUGGGGUGCACACGGUGGCGAAGUGGGAGGAAAUUUACUCUCGAGUCAACCAGCUCCGGAAUAUUGGUGCUCUGUUGGCUAUUUUGAAUUAGACACUCAAGUAGGAGAAACUUUUAAAGUAAGCAGUAGUUGUCCUACUGUUACUGUUGACGGUUACGUCGAUCCCAGUGGUGGUAAUAGAUUUUGCCUUGGUGCUCUCAGCAAUGUACAUCGUACAGAGCAGAGCGAAAAAGCUCGCCUUCAUAUAGGAAAGGGAGUCGUUUUGGAUUUAAGAGGCGAGGGAGAUGUUUGGCUGAAAUGUCAGAGCGAACAUAGUGUCUUCGUUCAGUCCUACUAUUUGGAUAGAGAAGCUGGACGUGCUCCUGGAGAUGCUGUUCACAAAAUCUAUCCAACCGCGUAUAUUAAAGUGUUCGAUUUGAGGCAGUGUCACAAGCAAAUGAGAGGACAAGCGGCCACUGCCCAAGCAGCGGCAGCGGCUCAAGCUGCAGCAGUCGCUGGACAUCUCACUCACGGGGCUCCUAUUACUAAAAGCCUGAGUGCGGCUGCUGGCAUCGGAGUCGACGAUCUUCGACGACUUUGCAUCUUACGGUUAAGUUUUGUUAAAGGAUGGGGACCAGAUUAUCCAAGACAAAGUAUAAAGGAAACACCAUGUUGGAUUGAGGUGCAUCUUCAUCGAGCACUUCAACUCCUUGACGAAGUACUUCACACGAUGCCAAUCGAUGGACCUCGAGGCAUCGAAUAAUUCGAGUAAUAUUUAUUGAUAAUAUUAUCAAAAAAAAAUACCGAAUGGAAAAAAACUCCAUGUUCAAAGAAAAGAAAAAUAGAAAUCCAUUUCUAUGCAUAUAACAGUGAUAUUAUCACUCAAGACACUCCAAAUAAUUAAUCGGAAAUCACUCAAUAUAGCAAAUCAUAUUUCGUGCACAGCAUUAGAUGAAAGAAGAAGGAGAAAAAAUAAUGGAAAAUGGUAAGCGAUAGUUUUGUAUUAUAUAUAUAUAUAUUAAUCCAGCGAUUAAUUAUUAUAACAAAAUAUUGUUAUUUGCUACGAAUUUUGUUCUUUUUUAAAAAUGGUCGAGAAUUUUUAUAAUCUAUGAAUAAUAGGCGGUGAUGCAAAUGAAUGUUUUUAAAGUGAGAAAAGAGAGAGAGAAAGAGAAACGAACAUUUUCGAAAAAACAAGCGAAAGGUUGACGAAAACAAAAAAGUUUGUUCCUUUUUCCAGUUAUUUAGUGGUUUCUUUUAUUUUAAAGUCUUCGUAUUAUCGAUAUUGUUUUAUGAUUGCAAAA